AUGAGCCGUGGCCAUGUCAUCUCCCUCUCUCCCCAUGCCCUCCCUCCCCCCAGUCCACUGGCGAUGGAGUACCUCAAUGACUUUGACCUCCUUAAGUUUGAGGUGAAGCCUGACACUCCUCCUCUCCCUCCCCCCUGCACAUUCCCCAAGUCUAGCCUACCCCACGACCCCUCCUGUUCCCCUGGUCCCUACACCAGCCUCAGCUCUAGCCCAUACAACUCCCUGCCCCCCUCUCCAACACUGAGCGAUGCCCACCCACCUCCAUCAGCCUCUUCCUCCCUCUCCCCUUCCUCCUCCUCCUCCAUCUCCUUUCCUCUGUCCAUCUCAAACAGCUACACUUCUGGCAUCAGUUCUGGAUCUCAGGGGAACGUGGAGGGAAGCCCCUCCCAUGGGGGUGCCCAGGGUCCUAACCCUGCCUCUUUGGAGGACCUGAUCUGGCUCGCAGCGCUGCAGCAGCAGUUUGGAGGGGAGGCGGGGGGACCUGCAUCCCUGCUGGGAGGCGGGCCAGAGCGGGGAGACAGAGAAAGAGGGUCGGUCGGCAGCUUCCUGGGCUGUGAGGACGCUGUGGAGGCUCUACUGAACUCAGCUGCAGCAGCUGUUAACUCACAGUUCCCAGUGCUUUCCCAGAGUUCCAGCAGUAACCUGGGGGAUUCGGGUAGUGACAGUGGAGGUGACAUUUCCUGCGCCAAUGGGACGGAUAUGUGUCAUCGUCCACUCCUCUACCUCUCCUCUGGCCCUCAAUUGCUCCCCAACACCAACCCCUCUUCAGCAUCCUACCCACAACCCCAGAGCCCCUCUGACCGACUUCAUCACCAUCAUCCACAUCAUAAUCAUCAUCACCACCCGCACCACCUCAUGCAUGGCCAUCAUCAUCAUCAUCAUCAUCACCUCCAAGUAAUUAAUAUGUGUGGUGGGGUGGAUGAGCGUUUCUCAGACGAACAGCUGGUGAGCCUAUCGGUGCGGGAGCUGAACAGACACCUGCGUGGCGUCAGUAAGGAUGAGGUGGUGCGUCUCAAGCAGAAACGUCGUACGCUAAAGAAUCGAGGCUACGCCCAGUCCUGUCGCUAUAAACGCUUGCAGCACCGCCACGCACUGGAGUCCGAGAAACACGUCCUCACACAACAGUUGGAACAGCUGCAGUGUGAGCUAUCUCGGGUGCUGAGGGAGAGGGACGCCUACAAGGCUCGCUACGAAAAGCUUGUCAGCACAAACGAGGCUCCACCUACCCACGCCAACAACCCCCCCUCACCACCACCUGACUACUUCCUCUGA